UACCAUCGUCCACCUCUUAUGCGGAAUUUCGAAUUCAUGCGGCGUAAUGCUGCUGCUGCUGCUGCUGCUGCUGAUGAUGAUGAUGAUGAUGAUGAUGAUGAUGAUGAUGAUGAUGAUCACUUAUGCGCAUUUUUGACGGAGUCAUUGCUUGCGUUUUACCUGUAUCCUGACACCAUCAAAAGCAACCGUAGAUGA